GCCCUGGGAUAAGGGCCCUCCCCGCGCGGCUCGCCCGCGUUUCUUCCGCCGCCUGCUGCAGGCGCCGGCCAGGGCCAGGGCCAGGGUCAGGGUCUGGGGCGGGGGCGAGCGGGCGUGCAGCGCUUGCUCGCGGAGGCCGGCUCGGCCAUGGUGCAGGCCUGGUACAUGGACGAGUCCGCCGACGACCCGAGGCUGCCCCACCGCGCCGAGCCCAGCCGCCCGGUCGGCCUGGAGCAGCUGCGCCAGCUUGGGGUUCUUUAUUGGAAGUUGGAUGCGGACAAAUAUGAGAAUGAUCCAGAAUUAGAAAAGAUCCGAAAAGAGAGAAACUAUUCCUGGAUGGACAUAAUAACCAUAUGCAAGGAUAAACUACCAAAUUAUGAAGAAAAGAUUAAGAUGUUCUACGAGGAGCACUUGCACCUGGAUGACGAGAUCCGCUACGUCCUGGACGGCAGCGGCUACUUCGACGUGCGGGAUAAGGACGACAAGUGGAUCCGCAUCUUCAUGGAGAAGGGGGACAUGAUAACUCUCCCCGCGGGGAUCUAUCACCGCUUCACGCUGGACGAGAAGAACUACGUGAAGGCCAUGCGGCUGUUUGUGGGCGACCCCGUGUGGACGGCGUACAACAGGCCGGCCGACCACUUCGAGGCCCGGGGGCAGUACGUGCGGUUCUUGGCGCAGACAGCGUAGCGGCAUCGGGGUCCGCUCACGCUUCGCCCUCGCGAACGCCCGGAUCACAGCAGAGACCCGUCCUUCCUCCUUCUCUCCGUUGUAGACGUGGGGCUGGGUGAGCUUUCCUUGGCAAGAUAAUGGGAUCGGUGUGCUUAACGAAAGGAGCUUUGUUAUAAAAGUGAUUUUUCCGUGGAAGCAACUCUGGGACUGUGGACAGACCACGUUCAUCUCACCUAAUUCAAGGUCAGCCCGAAUGGGAGUCCCGUCUGGAGUGUUGAAGUGCCAGCCUGCUCCCUCCGACCUGGUUCCUCGACUGUGAGCAGUUGUCUGCCCUGCAGUGCCUGUCUCGUAAGCAGGUGUCACGGGGGACGACAGGACCAACAGGACCGGCCGGAAAGAAGACGACACUUUUCUCCUAAAACUGGGUGGGAAGUGCUGUCGGGGGCAGGCUCUCCCCUUACUGGGGGGGGGGUACUCAGAGUUGCUUAUGCCAGUUCCUUGUUCAAAAUAAAGUAGCUGCCUUAAUUUCAUACUCUUGCCUUGCAGUCCUUAUGCAGGUAUAUACGGUUCAUUAAAAUCACUCUGUUUAGA